AUGAAUAGCGGCAUCCAUCAGGAUUCGCUAACCUUGGAUGACAUAAAACCAGUGGGUAGAAAAGAACGCCCAGUUGAAAAAAUGUCAAACGGUAGUGUUGGUGGUGUUGGGAGUAGUGCUAAUAACAACAAUGUGGCGUUAAUUACCAACAACAACAGCAGUUCUAUCAGAAAUGUUCAUAAUAACAAUAACAAUCCAAAGCUUCUAGCGAAUGGGAAUAGUACAUCCACAAACAACCCGGCGCUUCAGGCAGCCGUUUAUGCAACUGUUUCCUCGGCAGCGGCGGCGGCUGCCGCAGCAUCUAUCGAAGACAAUAAGCUUGGCGCCAAUGAUAAGGAGAAGCUCACGAAAGCUGUUAUGAAGGUGUUUGAAGAGUAUAAGUGGACUCCGCCCACUAAUGUCGUCAAAUCGCCGACAGAUAAGAAAAAAAAUCACAUCAAACGACCGAUGAAUGCGUUUAUGGUUUGGGCACAGGCGGCCCGUCGUGAAAUGUCCAAGCAAGAACCAAAACUGCAAAACUCUGAGAUUAGCAAGGACCUAGGGAAAAUGUGGAAAAACCUUGCAGCCGAAGAUAAACUUCCUUUUAUAGAGCAAGCAGAAAAACUACGAAUGACACAUAAGAGUCAACAUCCCGACUAUAAGUACCAACCGAGACGAAAAAAGUCUAAGAAGUUCGGUAAACACGGUAAACACUGUUGCGAUGAUGACUGCGAGGAAUCUAGCAGUCCUCCCCCACCCCCAAAACCACGUACAAAAAAGAGUUCAAGUACUACUGUCAACAAAACAAAAGGAACAAACUCACUGAAAGCUCAGUCGAGUUCUAGUUUAAACAUUGAAUAUGAGUUUAUGAAUCAGCAAACUGUGGUCAAAGUUGGACAGCCGUCAGAUAUGUUAACACCAUCAUCGUCUACGUCAUCUAUUGAGCAAUAUCCAGUCUACACACUUAGUAGAGACUCUUCGGCAAAGCUCGGCAACAGCGAACUAGUCAACCGAUAUUACAAUGUAAUGUCAUGUGACAUAGAGUCUCCAUGCAGUCCACAAAGUCCUGGCGCAACUUCAAUCCAUUCUUCGACCGAAGGACAACCGUUAACUCCACCGACAACUCCAUAUACUGGACUAACCAACGUCAAGUCGUUUUCACCACAUUCCAGAAUAUCUAGCAAUGAUUCUCCGGUAAAUUACUUCAAUCGAAAUGAUUACCCUAAUUGUCCAUCAAUGGAUUAUCGUAAUGAACACUGGAGUUCGCUGCAUGUGAACGGUGGCUACAAUGCUAACUCACUUACGAAUUCUUCGGCCUUCACCACUCAAAGCACCAGUAAAGAUUUUUACCGAACCUUUUCGAAUCAGCUGCAUGAUUCCAGUUCAACUACUCCUUCCUAUCAUCAUGCGAACUCAGUCACCCUACAGCCAACGCUUCCAGCAUCUCCAAUUCCUAAUCUUCCACCAGACUAUUCCUCCAUUACAUCGAUUCCCAACCAAAGUUACCUGAUAUCUCCACUGGACCAGGACCAGGUUGACAUUGAGCAAUACCUCGACAGUCAAUCGAUAGGCAAAAAAUCACUCUCGCAAUUUUGCAAAUCUGAAGCCUCCUCCCUUGCCCUGAGUGAUUCACUACUUCACCAUCACCAUCAUCACAAUCAUCACCAACAACAAUCCUCCCCAUCUCCGAGCGGCCAACCGACAGAUGUGAUUACUACUGAUUCUGUAGCUGGCGGCUCAUCGAUCGUAGCAUCAGCUAUCCUCGAUCCAAGCUCAACGAAUUCCGCCGGACUGUACUACGAAAGUUCGCACUCCGCCUCUGCUAUAGCUUCCACAAAUUCGAUGCAUUCUGUAUCGCCUCAACAUCAUUCCCAUCUACACCAUCAUCACCUCCAUCAUCAUACGACCAUGGCGUCGCAUUUACCAUCAUAUUACAAUAGUUGGGGUACUGGAGGCUACGGAACAAGCUCAUGAGAAGAAUGGAGGGAAAAAAAUCUCAAAGAUAAUGUUUAAAUAAUAAUAGUAAUUCACCAUUUAUGAACUUGUUUAUCUUAUUGAAAUGGAGUACGAAAAAUUUACAAAACAAUAGUUGUCAGUACCAAUAAGUUUGCAGCUCAGAGAACAGCUGUCGAAGAAUAAAGUUGAAGAUACUUGAACAUUCAAUAUCCUACAUUGUGAUAGGUGCAAAGUCUACUUACCAGGUGUAAUUUUGAGUGACAGGGUAAACUCAUUAUUUCAAUUUGAUAUCUUUACGUUAAGUUGAAAGACGGAGGGCACGUUGAAGAGAUCUUUUCUCUUUUGUAUGCCAAAUCGAUCAGGAAGAAUAAGUAUAGAAACGUGAAAAAUCACCCAAAACUUAUACUACUAUCCUGCGCAUAAUUGUCCUAUCGAAUUGGGGUAAGCGUCAGAUACUUAAACAAUAAUAACUUCGAGAUUCUUGAAUUUUUUGAAUUAGAUUGGUUGUGUAAUUACUUUGAUAUGCCAUGAUGCGACUGUGUAAUGAAUAUUGCAUCUAUUAGGAACCAUUAUCUAUAGGAAAAUUAGACUACAAACCCAAAUCAUUGAUCGAUGAAAAAUAAUUUGGAGAGUUUUCAAAUUUUAUUCGAUUUCAAUAUGUGUAGGAAAUUUUAGCACCGUUUUGACACGUCAUCACCAAGUAGCGAUUCGCCUAUAGAGCUCGCAUACAAUGGAAAUUAAUGCGUGUAUAAUUGAACGUAAAGGGAAAUUUAAUCGUAUUAUCAGUUGCACACUUUAAACAAUUUUCUGAAAAUAAAUUCACUCUGUUCUUUGUGAUAUUACUUGAACUGGUAGAAAUUCGCAAACGAUAAUUUCUGAACAGCUCAAGAUCGAUUUCAAAUGAACUGCGGGACGAUAGAACUUACCUCAUCAAAAAUAAAAUUCUGGACACAUACCAUGUAAAGUAAGAGGAUUGGUUAUUUCUUGAGUUAACUGUGAAUGCAACUUUCUGGUGAAGAGGUCAAAAAGUGUCGAUUGAUUUGGUUAGCGAUCCUUCUAUGGAAGUUUUCCUUCCUGUUUCAACAAACUUCGCAGCCGAUUGAGUCAGUUUUGAACAUAGUUUCAACGUAAUUGAACUGAAAAUCGAGUCAGUUUCAAACCUAAUUUCUAUAUCGGGUUUACUCACACCCUUGUUGCUAAGUACGAACAUAACUCAGUUGAAAAGUGUUUCAUGGAACUACCCUGGGUCAGUUUAAGUUUAACGACAUAAAAUUCCUAAUUAGGUCUCCAACGCAACACAUAAAAAUAUUAUUCCUUUUUCCUUAAGACCUAAUUCCACAUACGAUGCGAUUCAACGAAA